AUUAUCCUAAACGAUGGUUCCGAUUGGCGGACCGGUAGGUCAUGGUGGUCAUCCGAUCCACAUACCAACUCCGAUUCAGAAUGCUCCUCCCCCGUCCCAAAGCCAGCACGCACCGUCUAGUCAGAACCGGCAAUCGCUUUCGGUGAAACCAAACUAUACUCUGAAGUUCACACUUGCCGGACACACGAAAGCGGUGUCAGCAGUAAAAUUUAGCCCGAACGGUGAAUGGCUUGCAAGUUCCUCUGCUGACAAGUUAAUCAAAAUCUGGGGUGCGUACGACGGGAAGUUUGAGAAAACAAUCUCGGGCCACAAGCUUGGGAUAAAUGAUGUGGCGUGGUCGAGCGAUAGUCGCCUGCUAGUGACGGCCAGCGACGAUAAGACGCUCAAAAUAUGGGAACUCAGCUCGGGCAAGUGCCUGAAAACGCUGAAAGGUCACACCAACUAUGUGUUCUGCUGCAACUUUAACCCACAAAGCAAUCUGAUCGUGUCGGGCAGCUUUGACGAAUCCGUACGCAUCUGGGACGUACGAACUGGCAAGUGUCUGAAGACACUGCCCGCCCACUCGGAUCCGGUGUCGGCGGUACACUUCAAUCGGGACGGUUCACUGAUCGUUUCAUCUAGUUACGAUGGACUGUGCCGCAUUUGGGACACGGCAAGCGGUCAGUGCUUGAAGACGCUAAUCGAUGACGACAAUCCGCCGGUUUCGUUCGUCAAGUUCUCCCCGAACGGCAAGUACAUCCUGGCGGCAACGCUCGACAACACGCUCAAGCUGUGGGACUAUUCGAAGGGCAAGUGUCUGAAGACGUACACGGGCCAUCGGAAUGAAAAGUAUUGCAUCUAUGCGAACUUUUCCGUCACCGGCGGCAAGUGGAUUGUAUCGGGCAGUGAGGACCAUAUGGUGUACAUCUGGAACUUGCAGAGCAAAGAAAUCGUGCAAACGCUCCAGGGCCACACGGAUACGGUGCUCUGUACGGCGUGCCAUCCGACCGAGAACAUAAUCGCAUCGGCCGCACUUGAGAACGAUAAAACGAUAAAGCUUUGGAAGAGCGAUACGUAGAGCGGAU